AUGUCUGGUACAUCAAGCCUCCUUGCUAGGAUGCUUGACUCUGGCCGCUACUCUGAUCUUACUAUCAAAUGUGGUAAUAAAGUGUUUAAAGUCCAUCGAAAUGUAGUGUGUCUACAAUCAAGGCCUCUCGCCGCUCAUGUGGAUGGUGCAUUUUUGGAGGCUUUGACCGGCGAAAUCAAUCUGCCAGACGACCAUCCAGCAAUUUUCGAAAGAAUUAUCAAGUUCCUCUACACGGGAGAUUUCGAUGCUACACCUUCCACUGACGAAACCGUCAAAGAAGCGUCAAGUGAACAUGUCAAGGAGCCUCUAAUUGAAGCAUUCGAUGAGAAUUCACCUGUGCUCGUCAAGGAAACCGUUUAUGAAGCAGUUGAUGAACCCCUGGAAAUCUUGACAAUUUGCACACGCGUUUUCACCAUGGCGGAAAAAUAUGAUAUUCCAGAAUUGAAGGUACUCGCUAAAACAAAGUUCGAAGAAGCCGUAUCUACUGAAUGGAAUACUGCUUCACUCUCAGCUAGCCUAUGGCUUAUGUACGAUGAACUUCCGGAGUCCGAUCGCCUGCUCAAAGAUAUUGCUAUUCAAGCUGCUGCUAGUCAUGUUAACGAACUGGUUGACAGAGGGGAAUUCGCAGCAUUGUGUAAGGAGAAUGGGGAUAUCGCAUUUGAUGUUCUCAAGGCUUCUCUACAUGUGUCAACGCAUUCUGGAAAAACAUGUCCAUAUUGUGAUAUGGAGUAUGAAAACCGCGUUUUAAAACGAAAAAAAGAAAAAUAUUAUUGUAAUAAUUGCAACAACUACUUUCGAUAA